UAAAAUUAGAUGACAAUGCUACAUAAAAAAUAAGUAAAGAUAAAAAAAAAUAAUAAGCAAAUUAGUCUUUCCAGACAACAUAAAAACUGAAUAAUUGGUUCCUUUUGAAAAUACAACAAGUUGAGAAUUGACAUAGAAUGUACUAAUGUGUACAGCAGAACAAAUGAGUCCGAAAUUUUUCAUAGGGUUCCAUUUCGUUAAUAGAAUUAUAAAGUUCGUGUGCUUAUUUUACCGCGAAAUUGCACGAAACAAAUUAGCCGUUAUUGGCCGUUACACGCGAAAAUUGAAGUCACGAUGAACGCGUUGAAUCCAAUUAGUUCAAAGCAGUUUUAUGGAGAACAGGGAAUCAAAAGAAAAAACUUUGUUAGUAUAUCACCUUGGAUAAAAGUUUCUCGAAAAAUGCCAUCAAACAUUUUAGGACCACCAAACUUUUGGAAGGAAUACGAGAAACAAGCUGAUGCUCUAGCUACAGCUUUCAAAGAAAGCAACGAUGUUGAUAUGCUUUCUACUUUUGUUUACCAAAAUGACAAUGGUUACCGUAAAUUCGUGGUUGCUCAUCCUGAAAUAUAUUGGUGGCAUUACGUACAUCGACCAGCUGAAAAAAGAUGCUCUUACGAGAUAAUCCCAGAAAAUUGUCCUUGCCGAUUAUAUCUGGAUUUAGAGUACACGAUUGAAAUGAAUCCAGAAAGCGAUGGUACUUCUAUGACGAAAACAUUGAUCGAUAUUUUUAAUGCAUAUUUUCUUAUGCAUUGGGCUUUACCUUCAAAUAUAAAUAACGUGCUCAACUUGGAUUCGAGUACAAAUGAAAAAUUUAGCAGACAUAUUAUAUUUAAUAUUAAAAAUGUUGCAUUUAAGGAUAACUAUCAUGUUGGUAGAUUUGUAAAAUCUAUAUGCAAUGAUAUCUUGGAUUACAUUUUGUCAAAAAAGAAAGAGCAUAAUAUUUUAGGCUCAUUUGAUAGGGCAAAACUGGAACAAUUAAUUGUUCAAACUAAAAAUGAUAAAAAAUUGUUUAUCGAUACCAGUGUUUAUACAAAAAACAGACACUUUAGAAUAUAUAAAUCUACCAAAUGGGGAAAACAAUCUAAUUUGGUAAUCUCCAAGGAUUCCAAAUAUAUUCCCUCCAUCUUAUACAAUGACAGAGAGUUAAACAUAUUUUUAGAUUCAUUGAUAUCUUAUUUUACUAGCAAGAAGGAUUUAAUAUUAUUGGAAUAUUCUGAGAAUAAUGUAGAAGCAAAGCAUUUCAAAGGACAGAUACAGCAGUAUAAUUUUAACAAAAACAGUCAUUCUAACUGUAAUUCGCGAUAUUCCGUAUUAGACAAAUAUAUUCGUAAUUUAAUUCUUCCUGGAAAAAUACGUCUAUGUAAACAUUUUACUUCUGCCAAAAUAUUAGUCUACGAAACAUCUGGAUACAGAUACUGCGAAAAUAUUGGUAGAUGCCACAAAAGUAACAAUGUUUCUUUGUUUGUGAACUUAAAAAGUAAAACGAUGUAUCAAAGGUGUUAUGACGAAGAUUGUUCUGGUUUUCAAUCAGAACCAAAACAAUUACCAGAAGAAGUUUGCUUUGAUAUCGACGAAGAAGGAGAUAUGCUUGUGAAUUGUGUUACUAUAAUAGAGGACAGAACAGAAUAUUAACUAACAAAACAGAGCAUAACAAGUUGUUCUACAGAUUAUGUCAACAUUUUUUAUUAAGGUAGAAAUAACAACACAGACAGAUCUUUUAGAUUAGGAACACAUAGAUGAGAAUAAAUUUGAAGUAAAUGCAUGAUUUCAGGUACACCAUAUAUGGCAUUCUUCCCUUAGUAUCACCUUACAAAAAUCUGUAACUUUA